GGAAGGGGGGCGUGACCCGGAUGGCGCGCGGCCUGACUGAGCCGGAGGCCCGCGCUCUGCCCGAGACAGACGGACCUGGGGCCAAGGGAGGUAUACAGGCCAUGGCCGCGGGGGCGCCUGCUCCGGUGCCUGUGACUUUUGAUGAUGUGACCAUGUAUUUCACGGAGCAGGAGUGGAGGAGCCUGGAGGAGUGGCAGAAGGAGCUUUACAAGCAUGUGGUGAAGACCAAUUAUGAAACCUUGGUCUCAUUGGGCUGUGCCUUUCCCAAGCCAGACCUGAUCACCUGGAUUGAACAGGGGGAAGAGCCAUUCAUCAGAGGUCAAGGAAACUUAGGGACAAAAGAUCUGGCAAUUGGCCCCAGAACUGAUGAACAUCUUGACUUGAAGCAUACCGAGACACAGCUGCUUUGUGGAGACUCUGAAUCUUCAAAUUCAAGACGUCAGGAAAGCUGUGGACGUGACUCUGAGAACCAGAGCUGGUAUGAGCCCUCACCAUUCCGCUGCAGUGAGUGCAGCAAGAGCUUCACUCACAAGGCUCAAUUAACCAAACACUUCAGGAUUCACAGACGAGAGAAACACUUCUGGUGCACACAGUGUGACAAGAACUUUGCUGGAAAAUAUGAAUUACUUCGGCACCAGCUUCUGCACACUGGGGAGAGGCCCUUCCAGUGCCCCAAGUGUGACAGGAGCUUCCGCCAAAAGGGGCAUCUUCUCCGGCACCAGCGCCUGCACACAGGGGAGAGGCCCUUCCAGUGCCCAGAGUGCGAGGAGUGCUUCAGGCUGAAAGCCGACAUGAAGGCCCAUCAGCGCCAGCACAGGGGGGAUAAGCCAUUCUCCUGCAGUGAAUGUGGUAAGAGCUUCACCAAACAUUGUUAUCUCAAUGAGCACAUCAGAUUGCACACGGGGGAGAGGCCCUUCCAGUGCCCAGAAUGUGGCAAAAAUUUUCGCAUGAAAGCAGACAUGAGAGUCCACCAGCGAAGACACAUCAAGAACUGGUCUGGGCCCUUACCAUUCCGCUGUAAUGCUUGCAGCAGAGGCUUCACCCACAAGUCUCAGCUAGCCAAUCACAUUAGAGUUCAUAGGCCGAGAAAACACUUCCAGUGCACUGAGUGUGAAAAGAACUUUGCCCAAAAGUCCCGCCUGCUCAGGCACCAGCGCCUCCACACAGGAGAGAGACCCUUCCAGUGCCCGGAGUGUGACAAGAGCUUCCACCAGAAGGGCCAUCUGCUCAAGCACCUGCCCCUGCACACGGGGGAAAGGCCUUUCCAGUGCCCGGAGUGUGACAAGAGCUUCCGAGUAAAGGGAGACAUGAAGGCCCACCAGCGCCGGCAUAGGGAAGAAAAGCCGUUUUCCUGCAGUGAAUGUGGUAAGGGCUUCACCACGCAUCAUUAUCUCACUGAUCACAUCAGAAUACACACAGGUGAAAGGCCCUUCCAGUGCCCAGAGUGUGGCAAGAGUUUUCGAAUGAAAGCAGACAUGAGAGUCCACCAGCGAAGACACAGCAAGACCAGGUCAUUCUGCUGCAUUGAGUGUGAUAGAGCAUUCCCCAACCAGUCUGAACUCACAGACCACAUUAAAGGGCACACCAAGAAACGGCACUACAAGGGCCUGCUCUAUGGACUGACGGACCUUGAUUGGAGGCGGAGGGUGGAGGGGUCUCGAGACGGGGAAGGGAGGCCCCUCCCCUCGGCCGACGGGGCGCGUGGCCCGGGUGCAGCGCGGGGUCGGCGCUUGGGGCCGGCGCGGUGGACUGACCGCGGGGCCGUUCCGGGCUCGCCCGAUAGCCGGCUCUGGGCCGGAGGAGACGAAGAGGCCAUGGCCCCGGGGGCGCCUGCUCCGGUACCUGUGACAUUUUAUGAUGUGACCAUGUAUUUCACGGAGGAAGAGUGGAGGACCUUGGAGGAGUGGCAGAAGGAGCUUUACAAAGAUGUAGUGAAAACCAAUUAUGAGACCUUGGUCUCACUGGGCUAUGCCAUUCCCAAACCAGACUUGAUAACACAGAUUGAGCAAGGGGAAGAGCCAUUCAUCAGAGAUGGGGGACACUUGCACACAAGAGGACUGGCCAUUGGUUCCAGGGCUGAUGAGCAUCCUGACAUGAAGAGCACACAGGGGCAGCUGUUUCCUGGGAAUUCUAGAUCUUCAAGUUCGAAAGAGCAGGAAAACCUUCAAAACCAGAGCUCAUCUUGGCUGUUACCAUUCCGCUGUACUGAGUGUAACAAGGGCUUCACCCACAAGUCUCAGCUAGCCAAUCACAUCAGGGUACACAGAGAGAAGAAGCCAUUCUUCUGUACUGAGUGCAACAAAAACUAUGGCCGGAAGGACCGACUGCUCAGGCACCAGCGCCUGCACACGGGGGAGAGGCCCUUCCAGUGCCCAGAGUGUGACAAGAGCUUCCACCAGAAGGGCCAUCUGCUCAGGCACUUGCCCCUGCACACAGGGGAAAGGCCCUUUCAGUGCCCGGAGUGUGACAAGAGCUUCCGAGUGAAAGCUGACAUGAAGGCCCACCAGCGCCGGCACAGCGGGGAAAGGCCUUUCUCCUGCAGUGAAUGCGGUAAGGGCUUCACCAAACAUUGUCAUCUCACUGAGCACAUCAGAUUGCACACGGGGGAGAGGCCCUUCGAGUGCCCAGAGUGUGGCAAGACCUUUCGCCUGAAAGCAGACAUGAAGGGUCACUUGCGAAUACACAGCAAAGCCAGAUCAUUCUGCUGCAGCGAGUGCAAUAAGGCAUUUCCCAAGCAGUCUAAGCUCACAGCCCACGUGAAGGUGCACACCAAGAAACAGCACUACAAGGGCCUACUGUGUGGACUGAUGGACCUUGAUUGGAGUUAAAAGAAAACCUCUAGCAUACAAGGGGUGGAUAUCAAAUACCCAAGUCAAGUCAAAGAGUUACAGUGGGAAGGGACUUCAGAUAAUAUCUAAUCCAAGCUCUCUACAACAUCUUUGACCAGUGGUCUUUAGACCUCUGCUGGAAUACCUCUAGUAACAGGAAACUUACUACCUCAUGAGGCAGGCCAUAGUCCGUCUGGGAUAGCUCUGAUGGCUGGGAAGUUCUUACUUAGAUUGCCUUAGAAUCAGGCUCCCCAUGACUUCCAUGAGUUUUUCACAGUUCUCUCUGGAGCCAAGCAGAAGUUAAGUACCUUGUUAGUAAGGCAGCUUUUCAACUAUUCAGUGAAGUCUGGCCGAUAAAGCUGGUGAUCAAACUGUGAUGCUGGUUUUUUUGUUGUUGUUCAAAAACAAACUUAUGUAACUGAGAAUAGCUGCAUAACUGAGAAUGAGACUGGUGUUCUCAUGUGCCUCAUAAGCUAGCUCUGAAGAAGUUAUCACCUCUUCAUGUCACAGUACCCUUGUAUUGGCAAAUCCCUUCUCACUCAGCACUCCCUAAAAACCAAAGAAGUUCCCCUUGAAAGCUCAAGAGAGAACCCUGAGCACAGAAUAGUGUGACAGGACAGGUGUCCUCCUCCUGCCCACCUCAGACCCAAACAGAGAAGGCUGAUGGUCACAUGGGCCCUUUGUGGCCCUUGUAGAAUGUAGUCUUGAAUGAAUACAAUUGUAUUUGAGGCAUUGGUUGCUGAGGUGGUUUUUGUUUUUAUUUUUUGCUGUAGUUUGUUAAUGACACAACAGUAAAUAAAACAUCUCUGAGUUUGAGCUGA